GCCCGAGUGUCCUACAUGCACAUGAAGUACCUGUUCUUCUCCUGGCUGGUGGUCUUUGUGGGCAGCUGGGUGGUCUACGUGGAGUACUCCUCCUACACGGAGCUGUGCCGGGGACACCAGUGCACUAAGUCCAUGUGCAGCAAGUACAGGAAAGGUGUGGUGGACGGCUCAGCCUGCAGCAGCCUGUGUGAGAAGGACACCUUGUACCUGGCCAGGUGUCUCUCCACUCAGGCCGACAACCAGGUGUACUCGGGCACCUGGGGAGACUUGGAGGGGCUCAUCAAGUGCCAGAUGGACGAGGCUCCUCGUUACGAUUUGGGAAGCGACACGGAGCCCAGGAAGGAAGCCGCCGCCUUCGACAAGCCCACCAAAGGAACGUCGGUGGAGAGGUUCCGGGAGAUGGUCCUCACCCACCUAAAGGCCAAAGUGGGCGGCGAGCAGGCCAACCUGGGCGAGCUGGCCAGGCGGGCCUUGGCGGCGGCCGACGCCAACAGGGACGGCCACAUCUCGCUGGCCGAGGCGCGGUCCUCCUGGGCGUUGCUGCAGCUCAACGAGUUCCUGCUGGCACUGGCCCUGCAGGACCGGGGCCACAUGCCCAAGGUGCUGGGCUUCUGUGGAGACCUGUACAUGAUGGAGAAGGUGCCUCACGCUCCCCUCUACGGCCUGCCCUGGGUCCUGGAGGUGUGGAUGCCGGCGGGUGUGCGGCGCAGUCUGGACCAGUGGUUCACGCCGGCCUGGCCGCACAGGGCCAAGAUCUCCAUGGGGCUGCUGGAGCUGGUGGAAGACCUUUUCCACGGCACUUUCGGCAGCUUCCUCAUGUGCGACCUGAGCGCCGCCAGCUUGGGCUACACCAAGCGCCACGACCUGAAGGUGGUGGACGCGCAGUACGUGGUCCCCGAAGCCGCCUUCCAGGAGGCCAUCAGGCAGCAGCGGUGCGACGCCGACGGCGACUGCCUCUACGGCGUGGACUGCCUCACUUCCUGUGACCUCACCAAGCACCGCUGCACCACCGAGGUCACCAAGCCCAACUUGGCCAAAGCCUGCCACACCCUCAAGGACUACGUCCUGCGGGGGGCGCCGCCCGACAUCCGCCAGGAGCUGGAGAAGCAGCUGUACGCCUGCAUGGCGCUCCGAGGCUUGGCCGAGCACACGGAGAUCGAACACUCACUGGUCCUCAACAACCUCAAGACGCUACUUUGGAAGAAGAUCUCCCACACCAAAGACUCCUAACCAGAUCCCACACUUUCCUGGGUUGGGGUUGUACCUUUCAGACAUGAUAUGGUGAGUAGAAGCAGAACUUACAGCUGCUGCUCACAGGCCAUCAAAGCAGGACAUGUUUCAGUGUUUUCCAUAAAUUUAUUAGAACAAAAUUUCUGCAAAGGAGCAGAGCGAGUCCUCACUCCGCUUCCUCCUUCUGCUGAGCCCGCAGGAAGCUGGCCUUCUUCUGGGCCACGCGGUCUUUCCUCUGGGCCAGAGACAGCUUGGCACGGUUCCACCUGUGUCACAAAAACACAUCAGCAUCAGGAGGAACAUCAAAAGUGCUUUUCUUUUUUAGGACGUGUGUGUGUGUGUGUGUGUGUGUGUGUGUGUGUGUGUGUGUGUGUGUGUGUGUGUGUGUGUGUGUGUGUGUGUGUGUAAGCCUGGGCCGAUACAUUUCACUGCACGAUAUAUUGACCUAUUAAUACUAUUGCCGAUGACAUUUUUUGUGAGCAAAUUAACCAGUGAUGUAAUGAAAAUGUAUAAUAAUGCAAGUAUACCAUUCAA